AUGUCUCACCCGCGAGUCGAAGAAGUCUCCGACAGCGACCCCGACGUCGCCUCCGACCCGGAAGAAGGCGACAUCGACGACUUUAUGGACUCAGACAUCCUACGACGCAUCCCCGAGCCACAAUCCCAACCGCAAGCCAGAUCCGCACCCUCAGUCCCCUCCGCCAACAUCCUCAAUCCCGCCGCCAACCUCCCCAACCAAACGCUCGCCCACGACGCCGACCGCUCCGCCUACUCCUCCUUCCAGUGCCUGUACCCCAUCUACUUUGACGCGAGCCGCACCCUCUCCCAGGGCCGGCGCGUGCCGUCCUCCCUCGCCGUGCGCAACCCGCUCGCGCGCGAGAUCGCAAACGCCUGCUCCCGCCUGCGUCUCCCCACGCUUCUCGAGCCGGAGAAGACGCACCCCAAGGACUGGGCGAAUCCGGGCCGCGUAAAGGUCGGGCUGAAGAAGACGCCCAACAACCCCUCGGGCAUCAAGAGCAAGCACCACCUGUACAUCCUGAUCGCGAAGCACUUGCAGGAGAAUCCGACGACGGAGAACUCAGCGGGGCUGAGGGUCCGGAUGGGCGGGCAGGUGCAGCCGCCGGAGGGGAAGCCGUAUCCUAAACCUGCGGUGCCGAGGGGGUGGAAGAUGGGCGAGUAUUUGCCGUAUUUGAGUCCCGCGAUGACGGGGGGCGGCGUGUCGGAGAAUUUGUUCAAGGAUAUGAUGAAGGAGAUGCAGAGCGGGGGGGAUCCCAUGUCUGCGUUGAUGGCGGGUGCUGCUGGACAAGGGGAUGAGGGGAGUGCGGGCGGCAAUGGGGGGAAGAAGAAGAAGGAUAAGAAGGGGAAGGGGAGGGCAUGA